AUGUCCAGUCACCUGUCUCAGUCUGGCGCCCCCUGUGUGCCGGCUGACCCGAAUCCCACCCCAGCUGCCCUUUGCCCAGAGCUGCAGGCGGGAGGGCUCCGCAUAGCUCCGGCUCCGGCAGGGUGUAGGGGCCGGACAAACUUUUCCUCUACAAGUUUGCUGGUGAACUCGAUCGGUCAGCCGUCUUUGCUGUAUGAGAACGUGGUGGUGAGCGAAGGCCGGCCCAUCCUCCGAGACCUGCUCUUCAGCCCGGACCACCAGUUCCUCUACGCGCUCACUGACAAACAGGUGACGCGGGUCCCAGUGGAGAGCUGUGAGCAGUACAGCUCCUGUGGAGAGUGUCUGGGAUCAGGAGACCCUCACUGCGGCUGGUGUGUGCUCCAUAAUGUGUGCUCGAGGAAGGACCGCUGUGAGAGAGCCGAGGAGCCCCAGAGGUUCACCACCCGAGCGGAGCAGUGUGUGCGCCUGUCUGUGCAGCCUCUCAACGUGUCCGUCACCAUGUCCGAGGUCCAGCUGAUCCUCCAAACCCAGAACGUGCCGAGCCUGGCGGCCGGAGUCAACUGCUCUUUCGAGGACUUUGUGGAGACAGAGGGACGUAUCUACGGUGGACGUGUCUUCUGCCUGUCCCCAGCCACCAAGUUUGUGGCUCCCAUCACAAGAGAUCAAGAUUGA